CCCUUGCUGGCCCGGAAGUAUGUGCCGUGUGGUACAUACCCGCUCCUUGAUGGUCAGAUGGACCAUUUCCCAACAACUGUUGGUCAACCAUCACGGCCAUGAAUCCGUGCAUCACAUGCGGCAUAAUCUCAUUCGCGUCGCGUUCCCGUCCCAUUCGCCAGUACCUGGAUGGGCCGGUGUUUUUCUUUUCAUCAACCACCAAGAGCUUCCGCGCCGUACGACCACACUCCUACCCUCGAUUCGGCCUUUCAGAUAUGCGUGUCGACAUCGCUCCGGCCGAAGCCCCCACGCCCGCGUUUGCUUCGCCGGAGGCGCCACCUGAGCAGCGGGCUAACCGCACGACGUACGUCGUUUAUCUGCUGCCGAAGACCCUUAUGCUUGACCGGUCGCAAUGCCCACAACAUGCGGCGGCGCAGAGCAAUAUAUGUGUUUGCUCUUGCAGGAUGUGGCAGGGGUCGUCCUCUCAGACGGCUUUACCCCUGUGACCAGCCAUACGGGUUGUGUCGUUUUUCCGACCAGUACAACGCCCGCAUCCGAUUUCCCCAGGUUCUCGCCUGCAAGAUGUCGAUAAAGAUGACAAGUGAUGGGCACCUAACCGCAUGCCUAAGACCCCCUUGCUUGCCGCCCCAUUCGAUUACCACCACUCUGGACAGCCAGCCGGUUGGCCGUGCCCUAGUUUACCGUCCGCUUUUAUGUGGCGCCGAGGGGUAUCGAUAUUUGUAUCCUGGUACUCCGCCGCGAGAGCGAGGAGGCUAUCGCAAGGGGGUAUGGUGUGCUGGACCGGACCAGAAAAUGAAGGGUGGUGGAUGCGCUGGCUGUCCCGACCCUGUCCUGCAUGCACCUUCCCGUAGGCGCGUCUGAUAUUCAGCCCCCCAAGCAUCAUUGCCAAGCGCUUCUUACCAUAGGACGGCCGUUUGACGCGGGCGCCAUUACCGUGACAGACGCCCAAUCUCCUCGGAAGGGACGGUUUCUGGUGUCAUAGCCCAACAUCAUCCCGGCCGUGAUAUCGCAGGGAGUCGCUCUUGUGCGUCACCGGGAGUGUCGUACAGACAGGGCCCGUCCUUACUGGGAAGUCGUCAAACGGCUGCUCUCUGCGGCUAUUGCAGCCAUGACAGGAGUGAAAACCCCCCGCGUUGGUGACACCAGCUUAUCACCCCUUCUUUCUUUCCGUCAGGGGGUAUCGACGUCGGGUUUGAUUCGGACAUCGGCCGUCAGACGGCCUGACACAACACGUGCAUGCGUCGUUUU